AUGAGCACACCACCACCACCACCACCAGACAGCGCGCCGUCUGGCGCCGCACCAAUCCCCGCCUCCCCACCUACCCCUCAAGUCACCUCCCAAGCCUCGGCCACGCCACCCGACGCGCCCGCGUCGGUCCCAACUGCUUCUUCCUCCAAUGUACAAGUCUUCCGCCCAGCCGACGCGUCCUCGAAGCCCGAGGAGCCCGACGCGUCGUUCUACGAACCGACCAUAUCGGACGUGCAGGAUUACCAUUCGAUGAUCCUCGGGCGGUCGAAGCAGUUGAACGAGGCGCCGCUGCUUACCGCCAAGCACCGGGAUGCGGAGCGCGCAGCGGCUGAGAAGCGUAAGGCUGAGAAGUGGCCUAACGCAACGAUCCGUGUCAAGUUCUCGGACGGCACGCAGAUCCAGAGUGUCUUCCCCUCGUCUUCCGCUAUCCAGCCUGUGUAUGCCUUCGUGCGCGAGUCGCUCUCGCCCGACGCCGCGACCAAGCCAUUCACCUUCUACCAGCCUCCACGCACGACCUUCCCCGAGCGGCCCGUCCCUCAGCCCCCAGUCCCCAAGCACAUCAAUCCCGCCAUGCGCUCGCGCGUCGUCCAGUCCCACAAUGGGCCGCAGCGUGGACCUAAUGCCGCGGGCAUCCAGGGUGGGAGUGGCGGGAAGGAGAGCCUGAGCGAGCUCGAACUGGUGCCGCAGAGCGUACUGCUUGUGCGGUGGGAGGAUGCGGCGAUGAACUCCUCGGACUAUCCCGCGCCCCUCAAGGACGAGCUCCGCGCCAAGGCUGCGCCUUUGCCGCCUCCUGCUGUCAAGGAGGCGCCCGAGCCUGUCAAGAAACUCACGCGCAAGGCGGGCGAGGUCAAGAUGCCCAAGUGGCUACAGAAAGGCCUACUGAAGAAGAAGUAG